AUGGGUAAAGUCAGAAGUAGAAGAACUAAAAAGUCAGAAGUAGACAACGUUGGAGACGAUGAGGAUUUUUCAGGGACAACUGGCGUGGUAGACAGCAACGUUGGACCUGAUGAACCACCUGCUUUCUUUGGAUUGGUCGACUCUAAUGAAUUGACAUACUUCCACCAGGCAGAACAGACGCUUAAUUUAAACACGUUUUCCACUCCUGAGGAGAGAGCAAUGUUUGUAUCUAGUGUUUUCCAAGAAUCUAGAGGUAAAGAACUGAAGUUGGUAACUAACCAGAUCUGCUCCAAACUAAUGGAGAGACUAAUCCUAGACUCGACGUUACCCCAGGUCCACCAGCUGUUCAAUUCUUUCAAGGGGAAGUUCUAUCAGCUAUCAAAGCAGAAGUUUAGUUCCCAUGUCUUGGAAACUUUCUUAGUCAGGUGUGCUUCAUACUUGGAGAAGGAGAUUUUAUCCAAUGGAUUCCAAGAGGAGUAUGAGGAUGUUGAAGAUGCAAGUGAGGCCAUCACAUUAUCAAUGGAAGAAAUGUUUAUUCAAAUCAUAGAAGAGUUCAAGCCGCAUUUUAACAAAAUGAUGUUGGACAAAUACGCCUCACAUGUGCUCAGGCUGCUAUUGUUAAUUAUUACAGGUAAGGAACUACCUUCUUCGGUUGAAUCGAAUUCGAUUCUAAGAAGUAAAAAAUCUAAAAUUGCUCGUAAAAUGAUUGAAAUCAAAGAUAGUGAUGAUUAUAAGAAAAACUUCCAAGUUCCUUCAUCUUUUAAAGACCAAUUGAAAGAAAUCCUAACAACCAUCAACUCUAGCCAAAACUGUGAAUCUUUCAGAGAACUAGCGAUAAAUCCCAUUGCCUCCCCUGUCAUUCAAUUGUUGAUCCAAUUAGAAGGUAUUGUGGAUAAAAACAGAACCAUAUGGUCUACGAUUUUCAACGGUGAUAACGAGCUAGCAGAUCCUAAAGACCGUUCAAAGGAAAAUGCAUUUAUCGAGUAUUUACUAAGUAAUAAUAUUGGUUCACAUUUCCUUGAAAACGCAAUUGUAAAUCAGAAAACAAAAUCCAUCGAAAGGAUAUAUCAUUCAUACAUCCAAGACAGAAUUCCGAAGUUGGCCAAGAGAGAAACGACUGGUAUUUACGUUAUACAGUGUCUAAUGGAAAAACUGAAGAACAAACAACAAUUGGAAAUUCUGGAUCAGUUGAUACCUAUAAUCAAUGAACUAAUUGUUAACAAUAUCGACAUAGGUGUCAAAAUUAUUGAUUGUUCCAUUAGGAAUGACAACUACGAGAAAACUCAAAUUGUAGACAAGUUUAUUGAAUUCUUCAAUAAGGGUUCCAGUGAUGAGAACAAUUUACUUGAAAAUAUCCUCAAAUUGGAAACUUCCACAUUAUGUUCAACCAAAGAUGAUUGGCCAACUUCAGAAGAGAGAAGAAGGGCUAUUUUCUACGAGAAAUUGAUGGAGUUUGAUAGUGAAAAGGUUUUAGAAAUUACAAUCGACAACUUACUCUCCCUAGAUGAUGAGAUCCUGCUGAAAUUCUGCAAACACGGUGUCUUCUCUCAUAUCAUUGAAAAAGUCCUUCAACUCCGUGAUUUCAUCCCUCUACCAAAACGGAAAGUACUAUUGAAUAGACUACUCGGUUCCAAUUCUACAAAUUUGGUUGAUUUGGCGUGUAAUUCGACAGGUUCUCAUAUUGUUGACAGUCUUUGGUCCUUCACUUUUAAGUUGAACAUGUUUAAGGAAAGAAUAGCGAAAGCUCUGUUUGAACAUAAAGACACCAUUAAAUCGACAAUUUAUGGCCGUAUGGUUUGGAAGAAUUGGAAUAUGGAGAAAUACUGUAGAAAAUUCAACGACUGGAAGUGGGAUAUCAAGGAAGAGGAAAAAAUAUAUAACGAAGAACAUAAAAACAUCAAAAGAGCAAGCGAAGAUACUCUUGAUAGCAGAGAACGCCAGCAUAAACGUUCAAGAGUUCGUGAUCGUAAGUAA